CUCCUUCCUUCUUUCGUCCUCUCUUCCCUCUCUUCUGUGUUUUGUUCAGCAGGGUGGCUUACCUCGGAACUUGGCAAAAAGAGGAACAAAAAGCAGCUCUUGUGUGGGGUAGAUGGAGGACGGAUAAGAAAUAAUCCACCGCCCGCAUUUGAGUUCUUCAGGUUCAGUUCCAGCGGCAGCAGCGUUGCUGCAAAAAUCGCUUGCUAUUCGAGAUAGCCAGCAGAGGGAAUCGGAACUUUGCUUGCAGCAGGGGUUGAAGCAGCCUUUUUUUUUUUUUUUCUUGGAGGAAAUACUGCAGCCUUCUGGACUGCGUACGCUGCUCCCUGGAGAGGCUCUCUCGGUUCCACCCACCGGCUGGAAGGAGGGGAAGUGAAUGAAAGGACAGGACAAGCCCCGAACACCAUGUCACUCUGGGAGGGAGACAGCAGCAACUAAGCUGUACAAGAUUUUUUUUUUUUUUCUCCUUUUUUUUCCUUUUUUUUUUUUCUUUUUCCCUUUUCUUUUUCUUUUUUUUUCUUUUUCUUUCUUUUUUUCUUUUUCUUUCUUUCUCUUUCUCUCUCUUUUUUUCUUUUUCUUUAAGGUGGGGAAGGAGACAACCAGGAGACAGGAAGCUGAUCUGCAAGGAUUUGGAGUUGUGUUAAAAGGACUUUGAUUUUUUCCCCCUUUACGAACGCUGGCAAUUGACAUCACUACAGACAGCCCGGUUAGAGAACAAACUGCCUCAUCCCAAGUGGACCCCGGCAGCUGGGGGAAGCCAGGCAAGAUCUGGGAAGGCUGUGUGUGGGUGUUUUUCUACAGAUCUCACUCCUCACCUUUUUUUUUUUUUUUCCUUUGGUGUGUGUUUUUUGUUUUGUUUUGUUUUGUUUUGUUUUUUUAAAAAAAAUCUUGCUGUGUUGGAACUAGCGAGUGGUGGAGUCUCAAGCCUCAUCAGUCACCGGGACUGUCAGGAAUAGUGGUUUAAGAGGAAGCUCGGCCUGGGGUACUAUACCCUGUCAUCCAGUUCCCUGCCUCGGAGAUAAAGAUUCCAGCUACAUGGGCAAACGCCUGGAUCAGCCACAAAUGUACCCCCAGUACACUUACUACUAUCCUCAUUAUCUCCAAACCAAGCAGUCCUAUGCACCAGCUCCCCACCCCAUGGCUCCUCCCAGCCCCAGCACAAACAGCAGCAGCAACAACAGCAGCAACAACAGCAGCGGGGAACAGUUGAGUAAAACCAACCUGUACAUUCGAGGCCUCCCACCAGGCACCACUGACCAGGACCUAAUCAAGCUGUGCCAACCGUAUGGAAAAAUUGUAUCUACAAAGGCAAUUCUUGACAAAAACACAAAUCAGUGCAAAGGUUAUGGUUUUGUAGAUUUUGACAGUCCUGCAGCCGCACAGAAAGCGGUAGCAUCUCUCAAGGCAAACGGAGUGCAGGCACAGAUGGCUAAGCAACAAGAGCAAGACCCAACAAACCUAUACAUCUCAAAUCUCCCCAUUUCUAUGGAUGAGCAGGAACUUGAGAAUAUGCUGAAACCCUUUGGACAUGUCAUUUCCACAAGAAUACUGAGAGACGCUAAUGGAGUCAGCAGAGGUGUUGGCUUUGCCAGAAUGGAGUCUACUGAAAAAUGUGAAGUGGUAAUUCAACAUUUUAAUGGAAAAUAUCUGAAAACACCACCAGGCAUCCCAGCCCCCAGUGAGCCUUUGCUGUGCAAAUUUGCUGAUGGAGGACAAAAGAAGCGACAGAAUCAAAGCAAAUAUACCCAGAAUGGGAGGCCUUGGCCCAGGGAAGGAGAGGCUGGCAUGGCUUUGACCUAUGACCCCACAGCUGCCAUACAGAAUGGAUUUUAUUCUUCACCGUACAGUAUUGCAACCAACCGCAUGAUUCCACAGACAUCUAUCACGCCAUUCAUUGCUGCUUCCCCUGUCUCCACAUACCAGGUCCAGAGUACUUCAUGGAUGCCUCAUCCGCCAUACGUUAUGCAACCAACAGGUGCUGUGAUUACACCAACCAUGGACCAUCCCAUGUCAAUGCAACCAACCAACAUGAUGGGCCCCCUGACACAGCAGAUGAAUCACCUUUCAUUGGGCACAACAGGAACGAUUCAAUCCCAAGACAGGAUUAUGAUACUCCACCAGCUGUUGUGUCAGUAUAUGACUGCUGCUGCUCCUAUGCAAGGGACCUACAUUCCCCAGUACACGCCUGUGCCUCCGACAGCUGUUUCUAUUGAAGGUGUUGUUGCUGAUACCUCUCCCCAGACAGUGGCACCUUCAUCCCAGGACACCAGUGGUCAGCAGCAACAGAUAGCAGUGGACACAUCCAACGAACAUGCACCUGCAUAUUCUUACCAACAGUCUAAACCAUAAACAGGACUGAAGAAUGUCCGUCUGAAUCUUUGCCUUGAAUGAAGAAACUUCAUUGAACAAGAAGUUGGCUUCCAGUUUGCACAGACGUCAAUGGAAUGUUUUUUUUUGUUUGUUUUUUUUUUUUUUUUUUUUUUUAGUUUUAUACCUUACCCAAUGAAAACAGUUUUUAUGUGCUGUGCAAAUGGUCUUCAUGUGGUCUGACAAUUUAUUUUUGCCAUCAUUUUUUUUUAACUACAGAAAAAAAUUCCAGAAGAGGAAAAAAAAACAAAAACAAAAAACCACUACAAAACAAAACAAAACAUUGAAGGUUGAUAUUUUAUGUGGAUGAACAUUUGAAUUGAAUUCAGAAUUUUCCUGAAGGUGUAGAUACUUUUUUUUUUUAAAAACUGAAAACCUAAUGUCAAGAGGCGGGCAAUAGAAAUGGAACCAAAUGGUCUUCCUCAACAAUUAAGCUACUUUCUCUUUUUCCCUUCUUGUUUAAAUCUAGUGGGUUUUUUUUAUUUUAUUUUUUCUUAGAAAUAUUUAGGUAAGGUUUAUCUUGAAUCUUAAUUGCCUUAAUUUUAAGGACGUCAAAGGCUCUCGAGGCAAGCUGUCAACGUCUUGUUAAAAACAAAAAUCAAGAAAGAAUUGAAAUAUUGUGCUGGCUUUAACUGGCACAGAAGUUUAAGACUGAGUUUUUAGGGUGAAAAAAAACUGUACAGUUUAAAUGAAAAUGUUUUUCUUCAUUUGAAGAAAAUUUGUUGAUAAAAGAAACCAUGGCAACUGCAAGAAUUGGAAAAAUGCUGGGACUUUUCAUGAACUUUGUCUUAAGUGUUGACAUGAAUCAUUCUCAAAGGCUAAAACAUUUUACAGUAAAGUUAUUAAUGUUGGUUUAAAAACAACUGCAUUAGAAAUAAUGCGUGUUUGGGGGGCAGAAUGCAGAAUUUUUUAAUUUACAAAGCGUGAUCGCUAGCAAAAGCAUUAGUGCUUUUUAUCUGCAGUCUUUUUUAUGAGCUUUACAAAGUUUUUAGUCAGCUUUGCUUGUCACAUUGCAAAACCUAGCUUAAGAGCAUUAAAAAAAAAAAAAAACUUAAGUAGAUAGGAGCUUAUGGUCAAAAAGUGCAAAAAAAAAAACAAAAAAAAAAGCAAUAGAUAGAGAAAUUGUUGACAAUUUCUGUAGUCUUUCCUAGUUGUGAUCAAAUUCAGCCUAUGGAUGGCCUAUUUUAUACCAAAGAUGAAGUGACACCCUAUUACAGUCCAGAAGAUAGAGGUUGUUUUUCAUUUCUUUUCUUUUAAAAAAAAAAAAACAAAAAAAAAUUUAUUUGACCGACAUGGCCGGACCAGUUCUUACUUUGUUGUGUUUAAACUACCUUCCACUGGUGUUUUACAUAGUGCAAAAAAAGAGGGUGGGGGGAGUUGUCUUUCUUUUCUUUAAAUGUAUAUUCAUUGAUAGCAGAAGCUUGUACCUGCUGUGUUUAGCAGUUUCAGCAUGAACAGUUCUGGGUAUCAACUGAUUGAUAGAGCCAAGUGGCUUUAAAUUCUGUGAGCUUUUCUGGUUUCUCAUUAGCUGUCUUGAAUAGUGAAACCUGUACUGAUGGCCACUAGUAAACCAAGAUGCUUAUUUAACAGGUUGAAUAUUCUUUGUAUGAAUUUUCAGCUAAAGAUACUUUCUGAACCUGGUCUGAAAGGUCACUUGUCAAAAAACUUAGUGAUAUUCUGUGAAACAGUGAGUGGUCUCCUGGAAAGGUCUCAUUGUAUUUGUAACAAUAGUCUUCCCUCUAAAUUACCACACCUCUGGGUUUUGUCUUCUCACCUCUGUCUUUGUUAUCACCUACCAUGAAUAGACACCUUGGUUUUGCAAAUGGGUAGGGGGUAUCUUCUUUUUGCCUCUUUUCAUUGUAUUUUCAUAUCUUGGUGUUGCCGAAAGAACUUUUUCUUUCAGUUUAAUUCUUUGAGGCAUGUAGGCCCAAUAAGAAUGAGAAUUCUAUUAGUGGAGUUUAGGGAAGUCCUUAAAAUGCUAGUUGACAAUCAAGAAACAGUAUGAUUUAUAUCAAUAAUUAAAGAACCAAAAGAAUUAGGUAUGAUCAAUCAUGUAAACCAAGGAGGAAUACUUGCAUUUAGAAUGAUGCAAAACUUUGUCUAAAAUGAAUUAAAUUGACCCACCUGUAAAAUAUAUCUACAUUUUUAAUUCAUGAGAUAUGUGUUCAACCUUUACAGUUUUACCUGAAAUUAAGGACAAUGGAAUAGAAUUUUGUUAGGUGAACCAUUCACUAGAUUGCUUUCUGAAUGAAUCCUUUGAAUCAAAUAGGUGAAACUCUUUUUCGCAAACUAAGUCACAGGAGCCUGUCUUAGUCCAAAAGAAGCAGGGAAAUGUAUUUAAGUGUACUAUAAAACAGGGUAGGCUUUUUAAAAACUAAAAAGUUUUAAAGAUAAAUCAUAUUCCCAUUAUGUCAACAUGAGUAAUAAGGUUGACUCAUGUGAAAUUGUCAGUAUUCCACUAUUUAUAUAAACUCUGGUUCUCUUAUUUGCAACCCCAUGAAUUGGAAGCUCAAAUCAGAGAAUGACUCCAUAUAUUUAUGGUCACAAUGGAGACAACGUGUAUCCAAGAAAAUGUAGUGUGUGUUACAGAGAAAUUCCAACUGGUCACACCCACCAUUAUGGUUUUUCAUGCUUUAGAGAAAAUGCUAGAUUUAUACUAUCUUUUGUUCCAUCCUUCAGUUUCCCAUGCAUUAUAAAGGUGGCACUGAAGUUUUUAUCUUUGAAAAGUGGGCCCCAAAGUUUUUUGGGGUACAAAAAGACAUAUAUGGGAACCAUAUUUUCUGUUUCUCUUUUUCACUCUCUAAACUCUUUGUAUAAAUAAGGAUUAUCCUGGGCAUAAUUCAUUUGAAUAUGAAACUAAUAUACUUUCUUUCAUUUCUGUGAAAAAAUAACCAAAAACAUGUAUUAAUGUGAUACAAAGAAAGUCUCAUUUACACAAUCAACAAUGAGGCUAAGAGGUAGCUACCAUGUGGCUAAUGAAUGUGCCUAGGUAACUUCCUGUUUCUAUUCAAAACUGCUGCUUUAUUUGUACAUUCAGAAAUAUUUUUUUCAACUAUGAAAUUUCAAUAUCAAUUUUUUAAGCCACUUUCUGCAAGAGGAAAUGACCUGUCAUUUGAUGUGUUCAUGUGUGUUUUGUGUUUGGAUAGUUUAUAUCAUGCCAUUCUAUAAAAUAUAUGUUUUCAAACCAAAAAGAAAAAAAAAUAGAAGGAAAACAAUGGCACAUACUCAAAUUUGCCCUGCUUUGUCCGUUGUCUUACCUAAGACUUGUUUUGAAGAGCCAAGUCUGGGAGAAAAAAAAAAGCAUCAACAGGUAAGCAGCAUUACAUUGUGUGAUAAUAAACCAAAAUAAGUUUUCAAUAUAUACAGACAGCAGAAUUCAAAUUUAAUCAACAAAAUAUAUUGUAGUGAUUUUUUUUUUCUUUUUUUCUUUUUUUUUUUUUUUUGAGAUAGGGUCUUUGUCACCCAUCCUAGUUAGGACUAUAAUUUUUUUUUUUAAGUUGAAGUUAAUUUUCCAUGCAUUCUGGUCCACCAGAUUUUCAAGCAUUUAUUUGGAUGUUUCCAUUUUUCCUUUUGACUUUAAUGCCAAGAUUUAGCUUAAACAUGAGGAAACAAACUAAAGCCACAAUCCAAAUGAGAGAAACACUGUCUCAUGUAAAUGCUAGUUUCAUGGUCAGUGCAAGAGUGAGUUUUCUUUCAAUAAUGAUAAGGCGUUGUCAAGGGAGGCAAAGUGUGCAUGAUAACUGGGAGCUCCCCAAUACGUGGCCAUGUCUUCUAAAGACAACAUAAUGAGCCCAAGUGAACUGAAGGUAAUACUGGCAGGUGCUGAUGACGGUUUGUCCUUGAAUGCUGACAUGUUUUGAAUAUUGCAAAUGUCACAGUACUCUUAAAAAAAUCCUUACCUGACUCUAGUUUUGCCAGGAUUAGUUUGUUUCCUUGGUAGAUUUCAACAUUUCAGAAUGUUACCUCCAUAUUUCACUUGAAUUACUUCUUCCUGUGACCUUAGCAGAUCUGUCACAUUUGAAAGCAUAUGACUCACUUCCACCCCCUUCUAAUGAAAAACUGCAUGGUGUUAAAAGCUCUCCCAUUAGACAUAUAAGACUGACAACCGAAGAAGGCUGUUUAAAGCAUGAAGUUCACUUUAUUUUACUAUGCCUAAAAAUACAUCUUUGGAUCCCUUGCAAAGUGCUUUAAAAACUAUUUUCAAUUUAUGUAUGACCCCAGAAAAGUAAUUGUUUUUUCCCCCCCAAAAAAAACCUCUUUAUUUAAAUAAUUGGGAUAUUUGCUAAAUACCUAUUUUUAUUUAUUUUUUUUUUACAGUGGCCUAAAACCCCUAUUAAUGAAAAGUGAAAUUUGAUUUAAUUAGGACUCUUGCAGUCAUCUUCACGAUUGAGGAGAAGUUUCAAUAGGCUGUCUAGACAGAUUAUGAUGUUAAUAGGAGAUUAAAAUACAUUUGGCAAUUCAUUUUCAUUCUUAAUUUGAGUGCAUGAACCACUGCAGAUGAGCUGAUAAGCAGAGAGAAAUUCUCAAGUGGGUUUCAGUAAUACAUGUUUUUUAUAUGAUUUGAAGUCAAGUAAAGGGACAAUAUUUAUGUACAUGUAUAACAUUCAGCACCUUUGAGGAAUCAUGCACUAUAAUAAAGCUUUAACAUGUCAUAGAACCUUGAUCUAUAUUACUUUGUCUUCAGUAAAAAGUAAAGGAUGAGAUUUUGUCUUUCAUGUUAUUGUAGCUGGCAUGCUUCAAAAUUUUGAGCUUACUGGGACUGACAGCCUCUCACUUCAAUCUGAGGGAUUGACAGAAUUUAAACAGGCUCAUUGAUUCUGUACACUCUACCCUUCCUGUGGCAAGUGAUAAUGGGAUUUCAUUAAUGAAUCAAUUUGUUUUACAAAUGACAUCCACUGUGGCAUUGGAAGACAGUUGGGUCUGACUCAAGUUUAACAUUUCCUACCAAACAUUCUUAAGUAUGAAAUUGGUCCUUUAAUCCCAAAUGCUCUUGGUCAUGGCUGUCCUUUGCAGAUUACAUAGCGUUCAGGAAAGUACAAAAACUAAACGCUAAAUCCCCAAGUGACCCCAAAGACCUUGUAUGAUGUGAGAGACAAGAGUUCACUCCAGAUUAAUUUAUCAUUGGCUUUAUACUCUAACAUGUAGAUAUACUCUCUGUAGCAAAAAAGGGAUGAAUGUCUUUCAAUAUUCAUUUCUGUUUAUUUUUGUGAGGCAAAAUAAUAUAUCAAGAAAAUUUUCUUCCACUCAGAAAGCUUUAAAGCUGAAGGAAAGGUGCAGUCAAGCUUGGAUCUGCAGGAAGAACCACUAGGCCACUGAGUCAUACUUGAGCUUUUCUUACUACUGCCCCAAUUUCUGAGUUGUGCAUAAAUACAAUCACUCUCAAUUUUUGAAGGGCUAAUUAUCUACUUUGCGGGUGUGUUUUGUUUUUUCUUUUCAAUGUGUAGGCCUUGGGCUCUGUUUCCUUUUAUUAGCAUGUCACUCUGAGGGUGGGACAAACAAUUGGAAAUAAGAAUUGAUUGUUUUAUUUCUUAUAAAGUAUUAAUUUCUUAAGGGAGUUUGAAAUCAUUGGUAAAAUUAAUGUCAGUACAUUAUAUGUCAUAAAUUUUGAUUAUCUAUAAUGUCUUUUCCUAUCUACCAGAAAUAAUUGAGAGUUGGCUGUAUUCUUGCAGAAUAUACAGGAAAAAAAAUCAUAGCAAAGAAUUCGGCUUCCCUCAAAAGAAAGUUAUUUUUGGUUCCUUCACUCCACUAAAUAUGAACCAGUAGCAUGGAUCCACACAAUUUCUGCAAAGAGAGUAUAAUGGUAGCUCUUGGCACAGUCAUAUUCAUAUUUUUAAAUCUUUGACCAAAACUAUUGCACUGUUUUCGUUCUAUUUUGACUGCAUUACUGUAUUAAGGCUGAAUGACUUUGACACUCCCAUGGAUAUUUUUAUGAUCACAUCAAAUUUAAAUAAUGUCCAAAAUGUAACUUUAAUGUUAUAUUUUGUUUCAAACCCUCUGGUCUAGGUUAUUGAGAAAGAUGUUCUUUCCUCCUCCCUCAAAUAUGUUAUCUCUUCAUAUAUAUUUUAAAAAAUGAGUUAUUCCCUGCUUUUCAGGAACUGUAAAAAUUAUUUCAAAGAGACACUUGAAAAAGUUUAUUCUGGACACAGAUGCUUCCAUUUAUUUCAAAAGAAGAAGAAAACAAAAUGGAAUCUUAAUUUAAAAAAAUAUAUGUAGUAGUAUCUGCUAUGAGAUAUUCAGUGUCUAAAAAAAAAUGGGACACAGCUUCUUUUAAAACCCUUGUUUCAGUCCUUAUUCAACUUCAUGGAACUUCUGAAACAUCAUUCAAUUUUGAACUUUAUUUAAGAGCAUUUUUGUACUGCUGUCUCUGACUGUCAUGGAAACUUCUGUAAUUCUAAGGUGUUUCUGGUUUUAUUUUUAAUUUCUUCAUCUGUACCACAGUCAAAUUAGCAACUAUCUCCCCCAUCCCUUGGGCUUUCUGUAGAUCAGUGGAUGUUAGGUUUAAACUUCUGUUUUCUUUGAUGAAGCUUUCAAUAAAAAAUGAAAAUAAAAUCAAU